AUGACUUUACUACCCAAGGGUUCAGAAAAGAUGCCGCUGCUUGAGGGGCAACAGCGGGCUACCUUCCCUCCCGCAUCGUUCGCUGACGCGAUCCCAGGGCCAUGGGGCCGGCGAGUUCCACAGGCCAUUGCCCAUCGCGGCUAUAAAGCCAAGUGGCCCGAGAACACCAUGGCCGCCUUCGCUGCCGCCCUCGUCGUUGGCGCUCACGCCAUUGAGACAGACUUGCAUCUUACUAAAGACAAGGUGGUCGUUCUGUCACACGAUGGCACUCUGAAACGCUGUUUCGGCGAGGACCGGAAGCUUGCCGACUGCGAAUGGAGUUAUGUGAGCACGCUACGGACAAUGAAGAACCCUCCGUCACCCAUGCCGAGGUUAGCAGAUCUGCUGCACUACUUGACACAGCCUGGCAUGGAGGACAAGUGGCUCUUGUUAGAUAUCAAGAGAGACGACGAUCCGGACGAGCUCAUUCGCCGGACAGCAGAAACAUUUGCAUCAGUCCCAUCCGUACGUCCCUGGAAGGACAGGAUAAUAAUGGGCUGUUGGGAUGCGAAUUAUAUGCGCCGCUGCAGCCACCACCUUCCUGGCUUCUCGGUCGCCUACAUUGGCUGGUCGCUACCCUAUGCCUGGCAGCUCCUCAAACACUCCAACGUUUCGUUCAACCUUCUCCAAAAGGUGCUCGUUGGUCCGUUUGGGACGCGAUUCCUGCGCACGGCGGAGGCCCGCGGCAGGCAGAUCUUUGUCUGGACGGUCAACGAGGUUGAAUGGAUGGAGUGGAGCAUCAAAAAGGGAGGCAUCGAUGGUCUCAUCACUGACGACCCAGAGUUAUAUAUAGAGGUCUGUAGGCGGCAAGAUGACGAUAGGGGCGAUGAGAGGGGCUACACCAUGGGUAGCGGAUUGGAGCAGAAAAUGUUACCCCAGGAGUCUGGGACGCUGAGGUGGACGCGAUUGUACGCCGAGGUAAUCAUACUGCAGAUCUUAGCCAGGAUACUAAUCUUGGUGACCAGGAUCAGAUUAGGGUCGGAAAGGAAACGAGUAAGAGAUGGGAUGAGAGGAUAA